AUGCAAAGUUACCAAACAUCCGUACUCUCUGCAUGGUUUCGGCAUGUACGUUCCCCGCAGGCUGUAUCGGUUUCUUGGAGUUACCGCCUAAAUAGCAAAUAUUGGCAUAGCGCGCCUUUCCCAUUUUUUAAUAAUGGUAUGCAUCCCAACUUUUCGAUGAUAAGAACUUCUGAACCGCUCGUUAGUGGACAACCUACAAAAACUGGAUCUUCUGCUUACUUUGAGUUAAGCGGAUUAGCUCGAUUUCUAUCAAAAUACCCUUUUUUCCGACAAAAGAAUCAUCAUGAUGUAUCUGAGCUUGUACAAAAACUGGAAACCUUAAGUAAUUUUGUAUUAAGCACACCAUCUUUAAGGCAAUUCUCUAAAGACGAAAAGAAAGAAUUUCAACAAUGGGUUUAUCAGUAUAUGGCCAGCUUAAUAUCUGAGUCUUCUGCACUAAGCUUGCAGGCUUAUCAAAAGCUGAGCCCUUUGGCCCUGACUUAUGUUACUGCUCACUGGGCAAAGAUAGCUAGCGAAAGGCACUUACAUGAAUUCCUUCACACUGUUUUGUUUUUUUUCUGGAGAAAUUUUCCGCAUCGGAAUCAACACAUUCAGCUUUCAUUGUUAUCGGAUGUUUUGAAACUACGAUACUUUGAGUCUUUGAUAGCCUAUCAUCUACAGCAUCCAAACACACCAAUGCCAAAAGAGGCUUUAUAUGCUUUAAAGAAAACUCUUUUUCCAAAACAGCCAGAUUCUACAACCAUGGUGCCUAUUUCCUUUCCCUCCGAUUUGCAAUUGAAACAUGUUUUUGACUUUCUUUCUCAUAUGGCUGCUUCUACCAAAGAAAUCUUUUGGGCGAAUCAAUUAAGCAGAUUAUGGAUCAACGCUGGCGUGGGUCCAUUACCAAAGCACUCUUUUAUUUAUAUUCUUCAAUUAUAUUCGAAACACGGACUUUUGAAAAAGAUGCACAACCUACUUAAUGCUUGUGGCCAUAGUCGGUACCUCUAUGAUCACCACGUUUUGUCAGCGUUUAACAACUGCUUUGCUAGAACUGUUGAUCCACUCGUAAUCCACGAGACAGUCAAUGCUUGGAGAAGCAAAUUUGCCAAUCGCUAUGAAGUGUACUUGCCUUACAUAUACAAGUUUUGCAUGCAUUCUUUUCUAAAAGAGAAAGAAUUCCAAAAAGCAAUUUUGUUUUUUGGCGAAAUACCCCAGAAAUAUCAAAAUGAAUCCAUUGUCGCUCAAUUUUUGAAAGCACUUACUGGUGUCUGCCAAUUUAAUGAAGUACUAUCAAUUUUUCACACUUAUUACUCUGGUGAUACCUUAUCGUUAUUAAAAAAUCAAAAAAUAUUAAAUACUGCUCGCAAACCUUCUCAGUAUGUAUUUGGUAUUCGUCCGAAAUCCUUGGAUGUUUCUCCUACGGCUAGUACGGCAUUGGCAGUAGCCAUAUGUUAUGUGCUGAACGAUGCAACGGAAGUUUACAAAAUAUUAAAAGCCGCUCUUUCAUAUUCAGAAAAAACGAUGCCACUUCACUGUAAAUCCUACCAUGUUUUAUUUAAUGGUGUGCUGAAAUUGCCAUAUUCGAGUCAUGAAUUAGCGCUUCAGUCGUUCUCUUUGCUAAAACUUAGGAGGAAAUCUUACAUAGAGCAGAAAAUUGAGUUUUACAGUGUACUCCUUUCUUAUUUUGUUUCUGUUGGGGAUUUUCCUCAUGCGCUUGAAGUUAUACGUAUUCUUUCACGAAAAAGAAAUGGAUUUACUAUACACACAUGGAAUUGGUGGCUCUUAUCUUUAUUACAAUUAAAGCUUUAUGAUCGAGUAGUUCGUGCUUACUACCAAUUUCAACGCUCCAAGGUUCAUCCUAAUGAACGCACAGUUGAAAUUAUGUCAAUGCUACCCAGCACUUAUCAGUCAAAGUUGAAGGAGUCUAGGUUAAAGGGGUAG